CACUCUAUCAUCAGCAGCGCAUCAGCAGCCAUAUUGUCUUGAUACUGUUGUGAUUAUAAGAACAACUCUUGAACCCGUCUUGUGUUGUAUUUUUUUUUAUCCCUGCGUCUUUACUGUUAUAACCUACCACAUAUCAUUUUAUAUUUUUUUUUGUUUUUUUAAAUCCAACAUACUUAUAUACUGUCUGUUUAAUUGAAAAUUUAUAUACAUAUAUAUAUAUAUACAUUUAUCAUUUUGUCAUACUAUUUUACUCUAAUUGUGAGGUUAUGUUUUUUUUUUUUUUUUUUUUUUUCCAUAAAUAAUAGUUCAAAUUCAAAGACGCAGUUAUGAAUAAAAUUACCGGUGAUUUAAAAACGAGUUUUUAUUUAAAUGAGUGAAUAAUUUUUUAUUUUAUUUAUUUAUCUGAAUGUUACGGGUUUAUUUAAUUGUAUGUUAAAAAUGGCUGAGAAUUUAGGAAAACGUCCUUCCAAGGGAAUUUUAAAGACGUCCACUAGUUUUGAGAAUCAGGACGCGCCAAGACCUAACAAAGAAACAAAAUGGGACGAAAUGAAUAUUAUUGCAACUCUACAUCCUCCUGAAAAAGAUUAUGGACAUAUGAAAAUAGAAGAGCCAAAAACUCCAUACAAUUAUGAGGGAUACAGCAACAAGCACGAUGCUGAUGAGUUGGAUUCUUCAGCAGUCAGUGAAAAAUUGGCAAGAAGUAUCAAGCCGAAAAUAUUUGAGGAAUCAAGUAGCGAUGACGAGGAGGAAACGCCUGAAGAGCGAGAAAAGCGAAAAGCUUUUGAAGCAAAGCGAAGAGGUCAUUACAGAGAGUGGGAGGCUGUUAAGAUUGCAAGAAAUUUGAUACAAGAAGAUGAGGAAGACGAUGAUGAUGAUGAUGAUGAUGAUGACGGAGGUGGUGACGCCAAUAACGAUGAUAAGGACAAUGGAUCGGAGCUUGAGUUUAACGAGAGUACUGGACCCAAGUGCGUGGCAUUAUCUGGUGAUAGUGAAAAUAAGUCAGAAUCGAACUCGCCCGAGUAAAUAAGCUUGUGCUCUUUUUAUUACUACCUUGAGUUAUAUCUGCUAAUAUAAUAAAAGUUAUAUUUUACAUAGUCGGUUUCCGUAAAGCGAUUAACUCCAAUCUUAUCUGAUUAAAUGAUCAUCAUGACGACUAUGACAAAUGAUAAUAAUAAUAAUAACGCGGUUUAACUAUUUAAAUGUGUAGGAUGCUUUGUAAAAAGACUUAUUGUUAGAAUCGUAUGUAACUCUUGUAUGUAAACGCGACAAAUUAUUAUUGAGGCAUAUUUUAGUUAUUAGAGUCUAAUUGGUGAUAAUUGAUAAGAAACUUUAAAUGUUAAAAACGAUAACAUAUUACGUAUGUUUGAUAUAUUAAGCUUCCAUUAAUUAAUUGAUAAAUUCUUCCGAAUUAAAAAAAAAAGUUAAAAACGAUAACAUGAUACUCAUUUGUAAUUAAUGAGGCAAAUUGUAUAUUUAUACAACGAACUCAGACUGAUACAUUGCUGAUACAGUUUGAGACACUUAAUUACUUAUAGUAAGAUGCUAAUUUUCUUCUUUUUUUUUUUAUUAUUAAUUUGUUGAUAAUCUGUCCUGGGUAUAGAAUUUUAUUCAUGACUUUUGAUAAGAAAAUUUGAGACAUAGAAUUGAUUUAAGAUAAAAAUAUGUAAAUCGCAAUAAAUAUGUGAAAAACAAGAUUGAUUAUGAAAGUGUAUAUUUUAUACGUGAAAAAAUAAUUAGAGAUAUAACAUAUAUGUUAUAUAAUCGUGGUAAUUUUAUUGACUUGAAUGUAAACAAAAAAUAUUUUUUUGGUCGGAACUAUCGAUUGAAUUUCUCUCUUAUACUUUUCAUUAUCACUAUGUAAUAACAUCAUACAUAUAUAUGUGUUUACACAAAAAAAUAUAUAGGUGUUGAUUCUUUAACGCUGGAUUUUGCGCAUAAAAUAUACGAUUUUAUGAAUCAAUAGUUAAAAAGGAGGUCAUAAAAAAAAAAUUUAAUUUUUCUAGAAAUUUAUAGUCAUUAUUUUUUACGAUUUAACUCCAAUUAUUGUUAGCAUUAUAUAUAUAUAUAUAUAUAUAUAUUUGUAUUUAUUUAUAAAACUGACUCAUUGCUGACGCGCCGUGUAAUUUUGUGAUAUUUAUUAUUAUUAUUAUUUUUUUUUUUUUUUUGAUAAAGAUAUUCAAUAUUUACAAAGUUACGUCGAAAAAAAAAAACAAUUGUUUAUAAAUUUUUAUUUUUUUCUUAGACUACAUUAAAUCCCUCGAUAUUUUUAUUAGAGUUUAACUAAUUGUACAAUUGUGGCAAAUGUUGUAGAGAUUAAAUUAAAUUAUAUUUUCAGAGAUGUAAUAAAAUAUUUUUCUGCGAUAUAUUAAUUAAUCAUAAUCAUUAUAAAUUAUUGUAGUCAUAUCAUAAUUAUUUUAUUAGUUGGCUUAAUGAUAGUAUACUUUACAGAUCUUAUUAUCAAAUUUUAUUGAAUGUAAAAUAAAAAAGCUAAUUUAGGAAUUGGUAGUUUAUAAAAAAAAUACGAAAAUUAGCAGCUCAGCUGUCUAUGUAUCGAAUCGAGAUCAUAUUAAGCUUUACGUGACUUCGAUAAUGAUAAUUAAUUGUUAAAUCAUACGAUAAACUCGGCUUUUUUUUUAUCACGAAAGAUUUAAAUUAUUAAGGAACGAAUUGUAAUUCCCGCAUUAAUUUAAAUGAUUAAUUACAAUUGUUGAUAUUUGAUGUAUGAAUUAGCGGAUCGAUAGUAAAACAGAGUAAUGUUCACAUUUUUUUUUUAGAAAUAGAUGUAGAAUAUUUAUUAUCUAAGCAUUUAAAUUGACAAAGUAGUAUAAAAUAAAUAAUAAAAAAUGAAAAUUAAAUAAAUUAUAUGUAUUGAAUUCUGAUUCUGCAGGAUACGUUGCGUAGCUCGAAGGAAAAAAAGUUUUAAGUCUGGAUGUUGUUCAUCAUGUAAAGCAUCGGCAUGUUAUCGGAAGAAGUUAAAUAAAUGAUAUUUGCAAUACAUAUAAAUAUUUUCUGAAGUACGUGAAAUUUAAAAAUCAAUAUUAGUUAUAAUAAAAAAAUCAAUAGUGUAACAUCGCCGUCCUUGUGUUAUAUAUAUUUCACUGAAUAACAUAUUAAAAAUGAAAUUAUAACCGUCAGAUUGUCAGGAUCAAUGGCCUACACUAUGCGAGUAAUAUAUAUAUAUAUAUUUAUAUGUAUAUAUAUUAUCCAAUGUAUGCCAUUGAAUAUCGAAAAAUAAAAAUAAUAGAGUGUUGACAAAAAAGAUACGUGUGUUGCACUUGAAUUAAAUAAAUUUAUUUACUAGAUAGUGUGUGUGUCCAUCCAUAUAAAAAUGUCCUGGGACUGUCGAGAUAUAUAUGUAUUCAACCAAUGGGUUGCCAAAUCAAUAGAAUACUGUUCAAUAUAAAACAUAUUAUAUUUAAAAAUACAUACGUAUACAUAUGUAUGUAUAAACAUAUAUCUUUCGAAUAAAAAUAAAGCCGUUGGGCAAAUAGAAA